CACGAUUGAAUUAAAAAUGGCGAUUCAGUCGCUGUUUAUAGUGGGAGCGUACAAGUCGUGUUCCAAUCGGUGGAGAGGUUAGUUACCUAGUGGGUAUAAAGGGUGCUUUUUGAGAGGGGGUGAUGAGUGCGCGUGCCGUUACGAACAGACAGAUACUGCACAACAUAACUAACAUGGACGACAGUCAGCCGUUAUCAACAACCGCGGACAAAUCGCUGGGUGACGGUGACGGUGGUGUCGGCGCAGCGGCCGACGGUGGCAUACGUGACGUAAAUGGCGUUGUUAAAUCGGCCCCUCGGCUCGACCCGACUCCGCUCAACGAACUGGCCGGUGGCCGGGGCUCGCCAUCUCGCGGCGAGAACGUCAACAAGAAGCCGCGGAAGACGGGGGGGAAAUUUGAAAGCGGAAGCGGCAGCGGUGAGCAGGACGCGAUCGAUAACGCGGCGGCGAAGAAGCGAAAAACUCGACGGGGCAAACCGAAGCACAGGAAGCUGAAGCCGUACUUGAAGCAACAGCUAUCCUACGGUCAGAGGGUCAGGCUACGCGGUAUCGGCUCGCGGGUCGCGAAGACCGGUCGGCAGCCGACCGCCCCGUACAACACGACCCAGUUCCUCAUGGAGGACCACAGCGACCUUCCCGACCUCGAGCAGAAGCUGGCGGCUGGUGCCGGCGGCGAGGCGGUCACCGUAUUUCAGAAACCCUCCGCGCCGCCGCGGACGCGGGAUUCGAGUUUCAGCAUAGAUUCGGACGAGGAUUACUUCUACUCGUCGCCCGAGGACGAGGAAGAAUUCCUCACAAAGGAGUUCUCGACCGCGUACGAGGACCUGCACGCUGAGCGACUCGGCGGUCUGACGAAGACCGAGCUCAUACAGGAAUACAUUCAGCUCGAGAGCAAGGUUGAACUUCUCACGAAACGGUUGCGGGGCAAGAAUUUCUGCCAGAUGGAAGAGCUCGAGGUAUCGGAUACUAACGGCAAGUACCCCCAGGGUGCCGAGCUUGAGAUCGCAAGAAAGCUCAAGCACUGCCAGCAACGGAUCGACGAUCUUAUACAGCAGAACGAGCAGCUCAGGCGGGAGAACGACGCCCUGAAGGGACAGCGGCGUGGCAGUGUCGCUUCCACGAUUGACAGCGAGAGCGACAGCGACAGCGAUACCAGCACCAAUUCGAGCUCGUGCAGCUGCGCCGGCGACAGUCCGGUACCGUCGGCAAACUCGGUCGGCAACUCGCAGACGGCCGCGGCGGCUGUGAUCGGCAGGAAGGAACAGCGGAGGCAAACGAACGGCUACGGCUCGUCGACGGUGCCUGCUGAUUCCUCCUCGUGCGUGUGUUUGACCGAUAGCGACAGCGAGCUCAGCAGCAGUAACGGACCCGAGAACGACGGCUCAAGACUUACGGAAGCUACUCCCGGCGACCGCUCUGCUACUCCCCCGUUAUCCGGAAAUAUCAUAUCUAACGGCAAUGCCACGUCUCAGGAAGUAAAUGGUCUGCCCACAUAGACUUGGGAAUCACCCGUACAUUAUACGUUAUCCCGAAUCUACCGCCCGCUAAUCGCUCCGCGUACUAUUUUUCUGUUCCUUUUCCUCCCCGCCCUUCCUCAUCCCGUGUCUCAUUUCUUGUUUUUACCAAAAACCUCCUCGUCUAAGACUGUUUUGUACAUAAGAAUAUGUUAUAUAUGUGCAUAAUGAUAAUAACGAUGAUGAUGAUGAUGAUGAUGAUGAUGAUGAUGAUGAUGAUGAUGAUGAUGAUGAUGAUAAUAAUGAUAAUAAUAAUAAUAUAAAUAACAUACAUAUUAUUAUGCAGAGGUUUAGCAGGCUCUUGUUAGGUUUAUACAGUAUAGUAUAUUAUGUUACAUUAUGCUGGCAUGUAUUGCUGGGCAUGAUUCGCAGCUAGGUGUGUCGUUUAAAAAGGAACAAGAAAAAUUAAACAUGUUGUGGUUUUAUUCAAUUUCAUUUCGUUUCAUUUUUGUUUCAUUUAGUCGGUGAAUUUUGAUUUAUACGUUGUGUGUGUGUGUGUGUGUGUGUAUAUAUAUAUAUAUAUAUAUAUAUGUAUAAAAUUCUCUUUAAACGACGGACUUUGUAAUGAGUUUGCUGCAUACAUAAUAUGGUAUAGUAUGGUAUAUAAUUUAUCCAUCAUCACUGUCGUACUCAUUUUCAAGGAUAUAUAAUGAUUAACAACGGAGUAGCAAGAAGUAUAUUGAUAGUCGGAAGAAAAUUUCCUUCGUACUGUGCACUGUGAUAAUUCAAAAUAAGAAGAGGAACGAAACAUCCACCCACACACACACACGCAUAAUAAGUGGCAUGUCGAGGAUCGCCUUGAUAUGUAGCGUCACAAUAAGAUAAUCCAAAUUACGUUCCGAAUCGCUAUACUUGUAUACCAUCAAAAAUGACAUCACGUGGCUACCGGCCGACGAACUUGACUUAUUUCGGUUGAGGAAUAAAUUAUUUAUAACAUAUAUUUAUUCUGUAUUUAUAAUCACACAAUGUAUAGUAUAUACACGCAAAAGUAACCGCGAUUCAGCAUUAUAAACUAAUUUAUGCAAGAAUUAUCUCAGUUCAUGGCGUUUACCUGAUUCAUUCAGCUACACCGCAUUCUAUCCGAUCAACAAACCAAAUUUUCAACAUCCGCUGUUUCAGUAGCUUCAUGGUAGAAAACAACUCUAUAUACUUAAACUUAUUGAAAAUUGUGACGGCCGUGAGUUGCGAAGGAAAUUUUCAAGUCUCGUUUUGUAACGAUCGCGCGAAUGUUUGUUCGUCAUUAAAUCGUGCGCUGAAGUCGAAUUUCUAUGUAUUUGACGUACCUUGUGCCCGUUUAUUCGCUUGAAUUCUAGAACUAAUAUUGAACAGUUUUUGUUUUUCAAUUGGUAAAAACGUUUUUGCGAGAGCUGAGUUCAAAUUCUUAUAAAAUAACUACUUAAAAAAAAGAUUAUGCGUUUAUUAUUUAUUACGUGCGAAUGAUGCGGAAGUGUUCUAAUAAAAAGAAUUAAAACAAAACAAAUGAAAGAAAUAACUAUAAUUUACAGUACACGCAUGGAUAUUCGUGUAGAAGGAAAUGCAAAAAUUAGGUUUUUCCUUUUUAAUCGGAAUUUUGGCAAUCAAUACACAUGCUAGCAUCUCAUUUAUUUAAUGUGCGCUUGAUUAUUCAGGGUAUCAUAUUACAUGAUAUCCAGAAUUCAAAAUAUUCAUAUUGAUAGUUAUAAUAAUAAUGAUAAUCAUCUAUCAAUAAUAAUAGCUAUGGGCCGCGUGAAAAAUUAGAAACACGCGCCUGACAACCGUACUUCUCAAUUCCUCGCGGAAAUCGAUUUGAAAUUAAUUAAGCCGCUGUUAGUUACGGAAUGGACGGUCUAUGACUGUACAUAACUAAUCAAAAUACCAAUGGACACAACAGACCAUCAACUAAAGAAAACUUUUUAAACAAAUUUCAUAACCAAUCGAUCGCUUAAAAAUUCUCACUAUUCUUAGCUGUGAGUGAAUGAUUGUAUUAAGUAUAUGCUUAAUAAAAAUAUUGUGAUGAAAAGACACACCCGUUAUAAAUUAUUGACGGGUGAUUGUAUAAUUGUAUAGACGAUAGAUUAAGCCUAGAAUUAGUUAAUGGUCUGAAGAAGAUAAAGUGACGAGUGACGGUAUUUAUUUGUUGGUAAAUUAGAAUGCUAUAUAUAUAUACAUAUAUUAGACCUGUCCUUAAGAAGGGUGAAAUCGAAUUUUUCAUGGUCUUACCCCCCCCCCCCCCAAAUUGGUUCGAAAUAAUUUAAAAAAAAAUAUCCGAAUUUUUAAAAAAUUUUCCUUCCAUAUUUACCCACGCCUAGGAAGCCUUACUUUUUCCCAUAAGAAAAGCAUUGGUUUUACGGGAUUUUUAAUCGUUUUUUUACCGCUGCCGUAAUUAUCAGCUAAAAAAUCGCAGAUUCUCAGAAAAUGUUGACAGUUAUGUUACCUUUUUGUCCAAUUCUUUGGAAUUCGAUACAAGCAUUUUCGGGCUGGCGCAGAUACCACGUUGCCCUGCACCCCUCCCCUCCACCUCCACCUCCGACCCAAAGGGGAU